AUGGGAGCUCUCGACAAGUUCCUUGGGCGCAAGGGCACUGAGGGUGAUGCCGCUGAGGCACCCGUCACUGUCACUGCUGCCAUGAACGAAAAGGACCAGGAGGCUGGCAAAUAUCCUGAUGAGACUGGUAGCGCCAGCGAUGCCGUUACUGAGAACGCGCAGCAUGGUGUCAAGGCCGUUGAGGCUACCACUCUGGCCUGGAGCAAGAAGGCUCUUGCUGGUGUCUUCGUUUUCAUGUGGUUGAUCUACCUUACCAAUGGCUUCCAGAGCCAGAUCAACUGGACUCUUGUUCCCUAUGCCAGCAGUGAAUGGGAGUCUCACUCUCUCAUUCCGGUGAUUGGCAUUGUCGCCAACUGCAUGACUGCUGCUGUCUACAUUCCCCUGUCCAAGAUCCUCGAUAUCUGGGGUCGUGCUGAAGGUUUCCUUCUCAUGGUCACAUUUGCUACCAUGGGUAUGGUCAUGAUGGCUGCCAGUCACAACCUCGCCACUUACUGUGCCGCUAGUGUAUUCUGGCAGGUCGGCUGGUCUGGUCUCACCUACAGCAUUGACGUUAUCACGGCCGAUUCCACACAACUCAAGAACCGAGGUCUCGCGUACGCCUUCACCUCUUCUCCCUACAUGAUCACCGCGUUUGCUGGUCCCAAGUCCGCUGAGGCAUUCCUCCGAAACGGUGAUCAGUGGCGAUGGGGCUUUGGCACAUUCUCCAUUGUCCUCCCCGUCGUCGCCAUCCCCAUGUACAUCCUCCUGAAGUACAACCUUCAGAAGGCCAAGAAGCAGGGUAUUCUUGUCAAUGAGUCUAGCGAUCGAUCUUUCUUGGAGAACAUCAAGUGGGGACUUAUUGAGUUCGAUGCUGCUGGUGCUUUCUUGUUCGCUGCUGGCCUUGUCAUCUUCCUCCUUCCCUUCUCCAUCGCUAGCAGCGCCCCUAAGGGUUGGGACACUCCAUACAUCAUUGCAAUGAUCAUUUUGGGCGUCGUGCUUCUGGCCAUCUUCGGUGCUUACGAGCGCUUUGUUGCCCCUAAGCCAUUCCUUCGCUUCGAGCUCCUUACCAGCCGCACCGUUAUUGGCGUCUGCCUUCUGGACUUCGUCUACAUGAUCGCCUACUACUGCUGGAACAGCUACUUCACCUCAUUCCUCCAAGUUGUCAACAACCUACAGCCCUCUACCGCUGGUUAUGUCAACAACACCUUUGAGAUCGUCUCUGGUGUCCUCCUCUUUAUCGUCGGCUAUGCCAUGCACAAGACCGGACGCUUCAAGUGGAUUCUGUGUGUCGGUAUUCCCCUGUACAUGUUUUCACAGGGUCUUAUGAUCUACUUCCGUCGCCCUGGUCAAUCCAUUGGCUACCUUGUUAUGUGUGAAGUCUUCAUCUCGAUCGCUGGCGCUACCUUUAUUCUUUGCAUGCAGGUUGGUGUUCUCGCUGCCGUCGAGCAUCAGUAUGUUGCCACCGCUUUGGCUACUCUUAGCGUCACUGGUAACAUCGGAUCUGCUGUCGGUAGCACCAUCUCUGCCACUAUCUGGACCAACACCUUCUACAAGAAGCUCGCUGAGUAUCUCCCUGAGUCUGCUCAGGCUGAUAUAGACUCUAUUUACGAGUCCCUCGACUCUCAGCUCCUCUAUGAGAUGGGCAGCCCCGAGCGUCUUGCGAUCCAGAAGGCUUACGGUUAUGGCCAGGCUCGCAUGCUUGCUGCCGGAACUGGCAUUAUGGCUGUCGCCCUUAUCUCGCUGUUCUUGAUCAAGAACUACGAUCUCAGGAAGAUCAAGCAGACCAAGGGUACUGUCUUCUAA